AUGUGGACUGUUAACAACCUGACCAAACUUCAAUGUAUGUCCGAGUGCCUGAAGGCCAAAUAUUGCGUCAGCUUCCACUUCAGUCCUUCCGGACCAGUUUGCGUGGCUCUACGGGAACGGUUUGAGGGAUCCAGCGUUGCCUCCACGAACGCCCUUGGGUAUCAGCUCUAUCAAACCAAUAAACCUUUGGCCAAGGUAGGGUCAGACUGUGAGAUGGACGUGGACUGUGCGUCUCUCCCUAACUCCCAUUGUAACGUCAGGUUCUGCAGGUGUGACGUGGGCUACGGGAUCUACGGAGACGUCUGUCGCAGUCUCGCAGAAUGUUCCAACUUCAGCACCAACUUCACCUUGUACACGUCCUUGGCCAUCCGGUUUUACGACUUACACUUCCAAGGAGCGUCAACUUACGAAUCCUGCCCUGAGUUGUGCAUCAACGACACCAGGUGUGAGUCGGCGGACUUUCACUUUGAUUUGGGAAUCUGCUACCUGAAUUCAGUCACUUGGCUCAAAGCGCCCGCAUCUGCACAACUUACCAACUACCCAACAUAUGACUUCUUCCAGCGGGAGUGCCUUUGGUGACUGAACUAAAGUUCAUUCUGAACUGACAAUGUAAUAUUCAAACGGGGAACAUUUAGAAAAGUUGUAACUUGUUUUUAACAAUUUGUUUUACAAAUCUAUUGCUUUAUUACAAAAGUGUUGUUUGUAUGAAACAUUGAAAUGAGUAUAUUUUGUUUUUGUUUUUGUAUGAAAUGCAAUUGUUCAGCUCCUCCUGUUUGAGAACUGUUACUGUUUUGAGUCGGUAGCCGAAACAUAAUUCCUAAGAAUAUUAAAUGAUUGGGCUGUGUUCUGUUGAGUGAACCUUACACAGAGCGAAAGACAAUGACAGUUAUUAAUUAAAGCCGAGAUGCAGGGGAAUCAGCUACUCGUUCAAAACGUAUGCACAACAAUAUGUUCAAUAUAUGUAAGCCUGAGUUUUUUGCUUGUACUGUUUCUUUCUUGUUUAUUAUCCAACAAUUAAAUAUUGUAAAGGAUAUUAUUGGAAAAUGUUUAAACGUAUGUUUUACAUUUCUUUCACACAUGUAUUGCUUGUUUCCAAACAUAUUUCUUGGAUGAAAUACCGGAAACCAUAAUUAUAUUUUUGUGUGAAAUAAAGCAAUUGUUAAGUUCGUCCUGUUUGUGAAAAAUACUGUUUUGAGAAUGUAGCCAAAAAAUAAAUUCAGAAAAUAUUCCAUUUACAAUGAACCUUGAACAUAAAAAUUAACAAUUCUAAACAAAUCGUUAAAGCCCAGGUCAAAGGGAAUCAGAUACAUGUUCAGUAAGAACACUCUUCAAAAAAAGGAACGCAUAGGUGAUUUUUAAAAUAUUGGACUCAUGUUGCAGCGGCAAAAACAAUACAGAUAUACUAUUUAUUUCCAAAACGUCACCUAUGUGUUGUUGUGAACAGCUUCAGCGCCCAAACUAUAUAUUUUAUAACUUUUAUACAACUAUUAUAACUUCUUGCCUUGUUUUAGAAGUGUUUGAAGAAAUAUUCUCCAAAACGUCACCAAGAAGAUGUGCAAAGGGAAAUGCACGUGCAAGUAAGGGGGAAAGCAUGCUGUAUCGAUCACUAUAAAAAAGCAAACGUUGUGAUUAAUCUUUUCAUUCGUUUUUGUCUCUCAUGCCACGACUGAGUGCCGCCAAUCCAAACAUCUUCAUGGGCUGCCUUGAAGCUGGGGAGUCGCACUCUGCAGCUGCUCAACAUUUCAACGUUCACCCGAGCACCAUAUCUCUCCUCUUUGAUCGUUUCCUGCAGACAAAUUCCGCCAAAGAUCGACCGAGAAGCGGCGGUCCAAGAGUUACCACCCAAGCCCAGGACCGCUACAUCCGGGUUU